AUGGUGGCCGCUGACGAUGUGGCGACUCUGGCGUCCUCUCCUCCAGCGGGAGAGUCGGCCUCUCACCCUUUCACCUGCAACACAUGCACCAUUGCCUACAGGAAUAUUGACCUGCAGCGAGGCCAUAUGAAGAGCGACUGGCACCGCUACAACCUCAAGCGCCGUGUCGCCUCCCUGCCUCCCAUCACUUCCGAGACUUUCAACGAAAAGGUUCUCCAGGCUCGCGCCGUUCAGACUGCCGAAGCCGAGAAGGCUCUCUUUGAGCGCUCUUGCGAAGCCUGCCAGAAGAACUACUCGAGCGAGAACGCCUACCAGAACCAUCUGACCAGCUCCAAGCACAAGCUGCGUCUGGCCGCUCUCGGCCGUCGUGGCAGCAGAGCCGACGAUGCCAGCUCCGUCAUGAGCUCCACCUUUUCGCUGGGCGACCCCCAUCGCCGCCGACAAGGAGGCCUGCGGAACGCCAAGCUGGACCACAAGCAGGACGAGAACCGCCCCUCGCCCGUCAAGCGUCCCUCCAACCCCCAGCCGUCCGCUCAGGGACACCGCAGUGAAGACCACCCCGUCUCCGACGAGGCCGGUGAGGGUGAGACCGAGUCUUCCACACCCGUUCCCAAGUCGGAGAUCAGCUGGACCCUCAAGUCCUGCAUCUUCUGCAACUAUGACUCGCCCACCGUCCCUCUCAACGCCCACCAUAUGGAGCGUUUCCACAACAUGUUCAUUCCCGAGAAGCAGUAUCUUGUCGACCUCGAGGGUUUGCUGCAGCACCUACUCGAGCGUGUCCACGAGGGCCAUCAGUGCCUGUACUGCUUCAAGACCAAGAACACCGCGUUCGCUGUCCAAACCCACAUGCGUGACAAGGGCCACUGCAAGGUGCCCUUUGACACCGAAGAGACCCAGCUCGAUAUUGGUGACUUUUAUGACUUCAGGAGCACGUACUCUGACGACGAGGAGUCUGAUGAGGAUGAGGAGGAGGAAGUCCAGAAGGGCGGCGCCAAGCUCGGAGCGAGACGUGAGGCCAAGCACAAGGACGAGGAUGGCAAGGAGGUUGGCGAAGGUGACGGAUGGGAGACAGACAGCUCUGCUUCGUCCCUCGACUCUGAAGACCUUACCGCCAUGCCUGCCGAGCGGCACGAUCACCAGUACGAGCGUCUCGACAAGCACCCGCACCAUUCGAAUGCUACGUCCCGCGCCCACCGUCAAGCCGAUGGCUGGCACUCGCACGCGCACAAGCACAACCACGCCGUCUUUUACGACGACUACGAGAUGCACCUCCCCAACGGCAAGUCGGUCGGCCACCGCUCCAUGGCCCGCUACUACAAGCAGAAUCUCACAAACUACCCCACCCCCGAGGAGCGCGCCGAGCGCCUCGCUCUCGAGGAGGCUGCCUCGAGCGACGACACGGAGACGGAGGGCAACAGCGACCGCAGGCUCGCCCCCACCCGCAACGGCCGCGCUCUCGCGCGCCGCGAUGCCGCCGGCAUGGUCGGUCUCUCGGGCGAGAAGAAGCGCGCCAUCCGCGACUCGGAAGAGCGCGGUCGCAAGUCUGGCGAGCUACGCGAGAAGCGCAACGACUACAAGUACGGUGUCAAGAACAACAACCAAAAGACCUACUACUACCGCUACCAGAUGGGUGGUUGA